GCUUCGUCGAUCGUUUUAAAUUGAUUUGUUUUUAAUCGUAAAAUUAAAUUAUCAAUCAUUUAAGUUUAUAUUAUUGCUGUAGUAUCUUAAGCUUAUAAUAGAUUAUUAAUAAUUGUGUUAAACAUUACUGUUUAUUCAUUUGUAAAAAAGGUUUUUAUUACAAUCGAAUAGUGAAAGAUGGAUGUUAAAUCUCCAUUGGUGUUGUUCGGUGCUGUUUAGAGUAAAUGUGAAAGAAAUGUGAUCUAUUGCCUGGACAAGCAGUGAAGACUUCAUUAACUAGUAUAAUCAAAUGCAGUCAUGGCUAACGAUGACUCCACUGUACGGGUUGCUGUUCGGAUCCGGCCCCAGACGCCGUCGGAGGUGGUGGAGGGGUGUGGGGUGUGCGCGCGGGCGGGGGGCGCGGCCGGCGAGGGCGGCGUCGCCCUGGGCUCGGAGCGCGCCUUCACCUUCGACUAUGCAUUCGAGCCCAGCGCCGGCCAGAGCGACGUGUAUGACACCUGCGUGCGGAGGCUGGUGCAGGCGGCGCUCGAUGGAUACAACGCGACCGUGCUCGCGUAUGGGCAGACGGGGUCCGGCAAGACCUACACGAUGGGCAGCGGGUGGGAGGGCGAGGGGGAGGUGGGGGAGGACCGGCGGGGCAUCAUCCCGCGUGCCAUCCGCGACCUGUUCGCCGGCGCCGACGCCCGCGCCGAUGAGGCCCGCGCGCACGGCCAUCUGCCCCCCGAGUUCUCCGUCCAGGCGCAGUUCAUAGAGCUCUACAACGAGGAUAUAGUCGAUCUGCUCGACCCCGCCAAAGAUCCCGUCGCUAAGGGUAACCUCCGUAUAACGGAGGACGGAUGCGGCGGCGUGCGCGUAGUCGGUGCGUCCAUGCGUGCGGUGCGCGGCGUCGCUGAGGCCCUAGCCGCGCUACGAGCGGGCGCUCUCGCUCGCACCACCGCCGCCACCAAUAUGAACUCGACGUCGUCUCGCUCGCACGCCGUGUUCACGCUGCUGCUGCGCACGCGCCGCCUGGCCACGGACCAGGACGAGCGCGAAGAGGACGCGCCCGAGCAGUACGAGACGCUCACCGCGAAAUUCCAUUUUGUGGAUCUGGCGGGCUCCGAGCGACUCAAACGGACCGGUGCGACGGGCGAAAGGGCGCGCGAGGGCAUCUCCAUCAACUGCGGGCUGCUGGCGCUGGGCAACGUGAUCUCGGCGCUAGGUGACAAGUCGCGCAAGGUGCUGCACGUCCCCUACCGGGACUCUAAGCUCACGCGCCUGCUGCAGGACUCGCUUGGUGGCAACAGUAACACGGUGAUGAUAGCGUGCGUGUCGCCGAGCGACCGCGACUUCAUGGAGACGCUGAACACGCUGAAGUACGCGAACCGCGCGCGGAACAUCCGCAACCGGUGCGUCGUCAACCAGGACCUCACCUCGCGCACCAUCAGCCAGCUGCGCCGCGAGCUCGCGCGCCUGCAGCUCGAACUGGCCGAGUACAAGCAGGGCAAGCGCGUGGUGUCGGAAAACGGGGAGGAGGGAUGGAGCGACGUGGUGCAGGAGAACGCGAUUCUCAGCGCGGAGGCGGAGGCGCUGCGGCGGCGCGUGCGCGCCAUGCAGGGUACCAUCGAGCAGCUAAGCGCACGCAACAGCGAGCUGCUUGCCGAGCGCGCGCUCGCCAACUGGGCGCCGCGCGACUCCGCCCCGGAUGCCAGCGACUGCUCGCUUACUACGCUCGUGCAGGGCUACGUGUCGGAGAUCGAGGAGCUGCGAGCCCAGCUGCUGGAGGCGCAGGCGCUGUACGAGGGCUGCCGGCGGCGCGCGGCGCGACACGACCCGGACCCCGACGCCAUACUGACUGAUGCCAAGCGCGAGCUGUACAAGGAGAAGGAGUUGCUGGCGCGCAGCAUGGGGGAACUGGAGUUCCGCAAGGUGUCAGAGAGCGGCGAGAUCGGCGAGCGAGAGCGCGCGGAGGGCGAGAGCGACGCCUCCGAGCCCUCCGACAGCGAGGAAGACGAGGAGGUCAAGGGUCAGCGGCUCCUGUCGGCGCAGCUGGCGGCACUCAGCGAGGACAUCGACACGAAGGCGCGGCUGGUGGAGCAGCUGGAGGCGUCGCAGCGGCGGCUGGCGGCGGUGCGCGCGCAUUACGAGGCGCGCCUGCAGCACCUGCACGACCAGAUCCGCGCCACCGGCGAAGAGCGCGACCGCGUGCUCGCCAAUAUCGCGUCGCAGCCAUCGGCGCCGACGGAGAAGCUAAAGCGCGUGCGGGAGGAGUACGAGCGGCGAGUGAGCGAGAUGGCGCGCGAGCUACGGCGGCUGCAGGGCGCGCAGCGGGAGCACGCGCGACUGCAGCGCUCGCAGCAGCAGGCCGCGCAGCAGCUGCACGCACUGCGCAACGAGCUGCAGAACCUCAAGCGGGACAAGGUGAAAUUAGUACAAAGAAUGCGAACGGAGUCGAAGCGACACGCCCAGGCCGAAGCCGCGCGGGCUAAAGAGGUAGCACAACUGCGUAAGGAAUCUCGGAAGAAUGCCAAUUUGAUCAGGUCUUUGGAAGCUGAAACUAAAUUAAAAGAGCAGGUAUUAAAACGCAAGCAAGAGGAGGUAUCGUUGCUGCGGCGUGGACACCGCGACAAGUUGAGCAGCCGCGCGGCGGGCAGACUAAAUGGCGAGCGUGGUGCGCGUCGAGCGCGCGCGGUGUGGUCGCGUCUCGCGUCGUGGGUGUCGCGGGCGGCGGCGGCGCGCAGCACGCUCGCGGAGCUGGAGGCGGCGCUCGAGCGGCAGCUGGCGCAGCGGGAGGCGGCCGCGCGCGCCCCGCCCACGCCCGACAACGACGCGCUGCGGGCGUACCUGCGCGACGCCAUCGCCGACACGCAGGCGCAGAUUAUACAGAUCGAGGAGGAGAACGACGAGAACUCUCUGUCUCGCGUGCUGGAGGCGGUGGAGGGGGAGGCGGGGCGGUUCGCGCUCGAGCGGCUCGCGGCGCUCACGCUGCAGUACGCGCUCGACGCCGCCAGGCACCACAAGGCGCUGAGCGACACAAGGGCGCAGCUCGCUGAGGUGGAGGAGCGAUCGGCACGGACGGCAAGCGCGCUGCGGGCGGCGGAGGACCAAAACCUGAACACGUGGCCGGGGCCGCUGGCGGCGCUGCUGGCGCACGUCUCCUCCGGCACCUCCACGCGCUCCGUCUCGCCCGUCGACCCCGCCAUGCUGGAGUCGCGGCCGCCGGUGGUGGGGCGGCGCGAGUCGCACACUGCGCCCGCGUCGCCGCCAGACGACAACAGAAAUUCGCCAUUCCAACGAAACACCGGUCGACGUGGGUCGGUGCGGUUGCGCGACCUGGGCGUGUACGGCGCGGACGAGAGCGGGCGCGAGGACCCCAUGACGCAGUCGCUGUUGGAGCCGCAGUCGCCGCGCCCCGCCCCCCUGUCGCGCGUGCCCAGCGCGCCCGGCAGCCUCAGAGGUCUGGUGCCCGCGAGCGGGACGAUGUCGCCGCUGUCGCUGCGGCGCGCGCCAGAGAGUCCGCGCCUCGUGCGCCGCCAGAUUAGCCAGACCAAACCCUCCUUGGACGCAAGCGAGGCCACGCCCCCCGCGUCGCCGUCCGCGGUGCGACGCGCGCGCGACGACGACGUGUUCUUGCGACUCACCGGCGCCGCCACGGACCACGCGCAGGGCACCGUCAAAGAGAUUACCGCCAAGCGUGCGAGCGUGGGUGGAAGCGGGGGUGGGGGCGGUGCAGGGACGUGGCUGCAGUGCACGCACGUGGCAGAGGGACACGUGGGCGCGGCGCUGUCGCUCGCCGCCACUGCCGACUUGCUGUAUAGCGGUGGCGUCGACCGCACGGUGCGCGGCUGGGACGUUAGCGCGGGUCGGGAGGCGUGGCGCGCGUGGGGCGGGGCGGCGGUGGGCGCGCUCGCGGCGGGUGCGGGCGCGGCGCACGACUCCCGACUCGUGCUGGCCGCAGCCGGCCCCGCUGUGAAACUGUUCGACACGAGGACGAACGGCCCGCAAGCGGUGUUAUGGUCGUCGGGUGCGUCGGGUGCGAACGCGGGCGUGAAGGGAGGGGAGACGGCGAUCACGGCGCUGGCGCUGGCCCCGCCCCACCGCCUCUACACCGCCGCGGCCGACAAGCUGCGACUGUGGGAUCUGCGAAUGCUGGAGUGUCUAUACAAGACGUGGUCGGGUCACGCGGCGGCGGUGAUGUGCCUGGCGCGCGAGGCACUCGACUCCGGCGACCGACUGGCCACGGGCUCGCGCGACCACUGCGUGCGCGUCAUAGACCUGCACCACGCCAGCGGCGGGUGCGAGGUGCAGGGUCGUCGUCAGCUGGAGCCGCCGCACUACGACGGCGUGCAGGCGCUGCUGCUGCGCGGCGCCGCGCUCUACUCCGCCUCGCGCGACUCCAGCCUCAAGUGCUGGUCGCUCGACGACAACUCGCUCGCCCACAGCGUGAUGAACGCGCACAAGGGGUGGGUGACGGGCGUGGUGGGCGUGGGCGGGGUCGUGGUGAGCUGCGGGCGCGACGCGGCGCUGCGGGCGUGGACGCCGGCGCUGCGACCCGCCGCGCCCCCCGCCCCCGCGCCGGACCCGCCCGCCGCACUCGCCGCCGCUCCGCCCCACGCCCCGCCCGCUGUUUACACCGCUGGCAGCAACGGUCGUGUACGUUGGUGGCGUGUACGUGCGGCACGGUGACCGCUAGAGGGCGGCGCACGCGCCCGCUCACCCGCACGCGCUGCUGCGUAUACGCCCGCCAGCUCGCCUGCACGUACGCCCACCCGCUCGCCUGCGUGUACGCCCGCACGCUCGCCAGCGUGUACGCCCGCAACUUCACCCGCACGCACGCCGCCCGCCAGACCGGUUUGGAGGUGACGCACGUCGCUGUAAUGACUGAAGUUUACGUUGACUUGAACUGUAAUGGCGUUUUUUCAGAUGUUUCUCUAAGAUUGGGAUUUUGUUCACAAUGAUCACUCGAUAUGAACAAAUAGGUUUUAUUUAACCCACGGACUCGAGUCAAUAGAACUAGUCGUGGGAUAGUAAAUAAAAAACAUGAAUAUAAGUAACUUAAAAACUUAGGAAGUAGGUCUUAAAAACUAUAGAUCUGUUACUGACGUAGACGAUGAUACAAGUAAACUUAGUAUAACAAAAUUAACUUAGCUAAAUGAACUUCAGAACUCCGUAUGAUUUCUGAUCGAACUACGCUAAAUAAAAUAGUGAUAAUAUACGAAAUAUUUGAAGUGUAACUUCUUGCCUUGUCGUUACAAUAAUUAUAAGACUUCAAAUCCCAAUCUCUUGUAAAUCAAAAAGACAAUUUGAUUUUUUUAUUCUUAAUAUUU